CGCCGGGGCGGAAGCCGCUCAACCCCGGGAGCGAGGCGGCCUCCGACAACUAGGAGUCAGGCAUUCGCUCGGGCAGUCCGCGGCGCCCUCCAGCUCUGGAAGGCGGUAGUCCACGUGCUUCCGUCUAGCCGCCAGCUGAAGCCCACCGGCCCGGGCAGCAGUGAUUUUCACCAUGCAUCGGAAGAAGGUGGAUAACCGGAUCCGGAUUCUUAUUGAGAAUGGGGUAGCUGAGCGGCAAAGAUCUCUCUUUGUUGUAGUUGGGGAUCGAGGAAAAGAUCAGGUGGUGAUUCUCCAUCACAUGUUGUCUAAAGCAACUGUGAAGGCCAGGCCGUCAGUGCUAUGGUGUUACAAGAAAGAACUGGGAUUUAGCAGUCACCGGAAGAAAAGAAUGCGACAGCUGCAGAAGAAAAUAAAGAAUGGGACCUUGAACAUAAAGCAAGAUGACCCCUUUGAACUCUUUGUAGCGGCCACGAACAUUCGCUACUGCUACUACAAUGAGACCCACAAGAUCCUGGGCAAUACCUUCGGCAUGUGUGUCCUGCAGGAUUUUGAAGCCUUAACUCCAAACUUGCUGGCCAGGACAGUAGAAACAGUAGAAGGUAGUGGGCUGGUUGUUAUACUCCUACGGACCAUGAACUCACUCAAGCAGUUGUACACAAUGACAAUGGAUGUGCAUUCUAGGUAUAGGACGGAGGCCCAUCAGGAUGUGGUGGGAAGGUUCAAUGAAAGGUUUAUUCUGUCUCUGGCAUCUUGUAAGAAGUGUCUGGUCAUUGAUGAUCAGCUCAACAUUCUGCCCAUCUCCUCCCACAUGGCCAGCAUUGAGGCCCUGCCUCCACAGGCUCCGGAUGAGAAUCUCAGCCCUUCUGCUCUGGAGCUGCGGGAGUUGACAGAGAGCUUACAGGACACGCAGCCCGUGGGUGUCUUGGUAGACUGCUGUAAGACCCUAGACCAGGCGAAAGCUGUCUUAAAAUUCAUUGAGGGAAUCUCGGAGAAGACCUUAAGGAGUACUGUUGCUCUCACCGCUGCCCGAGGACGGGGAAAGUCUGCAGCCCUGGGAUUGGCUAUUGCUGGGGCAGUGGCAUUUGGGUACUCCAAUAUUUUUGUUACCUCCCCAAGUCCUGAUAACCUACACACUCUGUUUGAAUUUGUAUUCAAAGGCUUCGAUGCCCUGCAGUAUCAGGAGCAUCUGGAUUAUGAGAUCAUUCAGUCUCUAAACCCUGAGUUCAAUAAAGCAGUGAUCAGAGUGAAUGUGUUCCGAGAGCAUAGGCAGACCAUCCAGUAUAUACAUCCUGCAGAUGCGGUGAAACUGGGCCAGGCUGAGCUUCUUGUGAUUGAUGAAGCCGCUGCCAUCCCGCUCCCCCUGGUAAAGAGUCUGCUUGGGCCCUACCUCGUCUUCAUGGCAUCCACCAUUAAUGGCUAUGAGGGCACUGGCCGGUCACUGUCCCUCAAGCUAAUUCAGCAGCUCCGUCAGCAGAGUGCCCAGAGCCAAGUCAGCACCACUGCAGAGAACAAGACCACAACCACAGCCAGAUUGGCUUCAGCACGCACAUUGCAUGAGGUGUCCCUCCAAGAGUCGAUCCGAUAUGCCCCUGGUGAUGCAGUGGAGAAGUGGCUGAAUGACCUGUUGUGCCUGGAUUGCCUCAACAUUACUCGGAUCAUCUCAGGCUGCCCCUUGCCUGAAGCCUGUGAGCUCUACUAUGUUAAUAGAGAUACACUCUUUUGCUACCACAAAGCCUCUGAAGUUUUCCUGCAGCGGCUUGUGGCCCUCUACGUGGCUUCUCACUACAAGAACUCGCCCAAUGAUCUCCAGAUGCUUUCAGAUGCACCUGCUCACCAUCUCUUCUGCCUUCUUCCUCCUGUGCCCCCUACCCAGAAUGCCCUGCCCGAAGUGCUUGCAGUUGUCCAGGUAUGCCUUGAAGGGGAGAUUUCACGCCAGUCCAUCCUGAAUAGCCUCUCUCGAGGCAAGAAGGCUUCAGGAGACCUGAUUCCAUGGACGGUGUCAGAACAGUUCCAAGAUCCAGACUUUGGUGGCCUUUCUGGUGGCAGAGUUGUUCGCAUUGCUGUUCACCCGGAUUAUCAAGGGAUGGGCUAUGGCAGCCGAGCUCUGAAGUUGUUGCAGAUGUACUAUGAAGGCAGGUUUCCUUGUCUGGAGGACAAGGUCCUUGAGACAUCACGAGAAAUCCACACCGUGAGCAGCGAGGCUGUCAGCUUGUUGGAAGAGGUCAUCACUCCCCGGAAGGACCUGCCUCCUCUACUACUCAAACUGAAUGAGAGGCCUGCAGAGCGCCUAGAUUACCUGGGUGUUUCCUAUGGUUUGACCCCCAGGCUCCUCAAAUUUUGGAAACGUGCUGGAUUUGUUCCUGUCUAUUUGAGGCAGACCCCGAAUGACCUGACGGGAGAACACUCAUGCAUCAUGCUCAAGGUGCUGACUGAGGAGCAGGAGCAGGAGCAGGAGCAGGGAGCUUGGCUCGCAGCCUUUUGGAAAGAUUUCCGAAGGCGGUUCCUGGCCUUGCUGUCCUACCAGUUCAGCACCUUCUCUCCUGCUCUGGCUCUGAACAUCAUUCAGAACAAGAACGCUGGGAAACCAGCUCAGCCUGCCCUAGGCCGGGAGCACCUGGAGGAACUCUUCCUUCCCUAUGACCUGAAGCGGCUAGAAAUGUAUUCCCGGAACAUGGUGGACUAUCACCUCAUCAUGGACCUGAUCCCAGCCAUCUCCCGCUUGUAUUUCCUGAACCAGCUGGGGGACCUGGCCCUGUCUGCCGCCCAGUCGGCUCUUCUCUUGGGGAUCGGCCUCCAGCAUAAGUCUGUGGACCAGCUGGAAAAGGAGAUUGAGCUGCCCUCGGGCCAGUUGAUGGGGCUUUUCAACCGGAUAAUCCGCAAAGUUGUCAAGCUGUUUACUGAUGUACAGGAAAAGGCCAUUGAGAAGCAGAUGGUGGCAGUGAAAGACGUUGUCAUGGAGCCCACAAUGAAGACCCUGAGUGAUGACUUGGAUGAAGCAGCAAAGGAAUUCCAGGAGAAGCACCAGAAGGAAGUGGGGAAGCUGAAGAACAUGGACCUCUCACAAUACAUAAUCCGUGGGGAUGAUGAAGAGUGGAAUGAAGUAUUGAACAAAGCUGGGCAGAAUGCUUCCAUUGUCAGCCUGAAAAGCUCCAGUGAAAAGAAAAGGAAGCUGGAAGCCAAACAUGAACCCAAACAUAAGAAGUUGAAGAGAAACAGAGAUACAAAGAACAAAAUGGAUGUGAAGCUGAAAUGGAAGAAAUAGUGCAAAACCUGGGUGUCAGGCCAAGCUGUGAGGAAACACCUCAUCUCCUGAAGUACCUCUGACUUGAGUGACAGCAACAAGGGUCCCAGUGAACACUGACACCAGCCAGGGAUUCCCCAUAGACCUGUCUGUCUUUGGGUCCACUGACUGAAGAGGCAGGCCCUCCCCAGCAGGUCUGUUUAGAACUUGAUGCUUGGGCACAGCUGUGCACUGCCAUGGAGAUGUUCCCAACCCUCAUUUCAGGGCCCUCUUUUCCCCUGAGGCCAGCUUUUCAGCUCAUUCACACACAUGGGGAAGCCACACUGGUUCUUGUUCCUUCUCAGGUCCUUAACUGCAGCCUUCUGGUGAUGCUCAGAGGCUGCCAUAGGUAGCUAGGUCUCUUCAUGGACUCAACACCCUGAGGCCUGGAGCAGCUUGUGCACCCAGUGGCUCAGCAGGGCCUGGUAUCUGCUAGACUCAGGGGCUGCUAAUGUGUCUUUCGUUACACUCCUGCCCUCAACACCCCAAGAAAAGCCUGGGCCUUUAGAGUACAGCAUCUGAGUCCCUAAGACCUAUUCUGUCAUCCUUUUGGGAAAAUGUUUAAAGGCCCUCGCAGUGGAUGGGGAGGGAUAGAGAGUCUAUUUUUAAUAACAUCCUAGAAAGAUCA